AUGGCCGACACUCAAGAUAAGGUGUCGCCGGCCCCGGCUACGGCCCCGCCAUCAGACAUAACCGCUGAUGUCCCGAGCGGCAUGGACAGCCAGGGCCCCAGCAAGACGCACGUUAACAUCGUCGAACACGCCCGCGCCGCAGCUCAUAAGGAGCGCAACAUGACCCUUCGCCAAGGCAUCAAGCUCUACCCCAAAGCUAUCUUCUGGAGUGUCCUCAUCUCGACGUGUAUUGUAAUGGAGGGAUAUGAUAUCUCCCUUGUUAAUAACUUCUAUGCAUUCCCGCAGUUCAACAAAAAGUACGGUGUCAUGGGUGACAAUGGAGAGUACCAAGUGCCAGCCCCAUGGCAGGCUGGCCUGAGUAAUGGAGCCCAUUGCGGUGAGAUCAUUGGUCUUUUCAUCAAUGGUUGGAUUUCAGAACGAUUUGGUUAUCGUUACACUGUCAUGGCCUGCCUUGUCUGUGUGGCAGGCUUCACGACCAUCUUCUUCACUGCCCAGAAUGUUCAGACUCUGCUCGUGGCCGAGAUUCUCUGCGGUAUCCCCUGGGGCAUUUUCCAAACCCUGACCAUCACAUAUGCAUCCGAGGUCUGCCCUGUUGCCCUGCGAGGCUACCUGACCACAUACGUCAAUUUCUGCUGGGGUCUGGGCCAGGAGAUCGGUAUAGGGGUCAUUCAUUCCAUGCUGAAACGUGAUGAUGAGUGGGCGUACCGUAUUCCAUAUGCUCUCCAGUGGAUGUGGCCGCUGCCACUCCUAAUCGGCAUCUUUUUUGCUCCCGAAUCGCCUUGGUGGCUAGUCCGAAGAGGCCGUAACCAAGAUGCCAAAGAAGCUCUGCUACGCUUAACCAGUCUUGACCGUGAGACUGACUUCGAUGCCGACGAAACCAUCGCCAUGAUGGUGCACACCACUGCCCUGGAAGAGAAAAUUACAGCAGGGGCAUCCUACUGGGACUGUUUCAAGGGCACCGACCUUCGGCGCACCGAGAUCGUAUGCAUGAUCUGGGCCAUCCAAAAUUUGAGCGGCAAUUCUUUCUCCAAUUAUUCCACCUAUUUCCUCGAACAGGCUGGGCUCUCAGCUGACAAGGCAUAUUCAUUUGCCCUUGGCCAGUAUGGUAUCAACAUGGCAGGUGUCUUCGGUGCUUGGGGGCUUAUGAGCUUGGGAAUCGGUAGAAGGUCGUUGGUACUUUAUGGCCUCUGUGGCCUCUGUUCGAUGCUACUCAUCAUGGGUUUUCUUGGCUUAGUACCCGAGGCCCAUCGGAGUCAAUCUUCGUUGGCGACAGGCUGUAUGAUGAUCAUAUGGGCACUCUUUUACCAAUUGACUAUAGGCACCGUGUGUUAUUCUCUGGUCGGAGAAUUGUCUUCUCGUCGCUUGCAAAUCAAGACGGUUGUGCUCGGCCGCAAUCUAUACAACGUCGUUGGAAUCAUCAACAGUGUUUUGACGCCCUACAUGCUUAACCCUACAGCUUGGGACUGGGGAAAUUAUGCAGGAUUCUUUUGGGGCGGGAUUUGCUUCCUCUGCAUCAUCUACACCUUCUUUCGACUGCCGGAACCGAGCGGUCGCACCUUCGCAGAGCUUGAUGUUCUAUUCGAGAGAGGCAUCAGCGCAAGGAAGUUUGCCUCGACUGAAGUGGAUGUAUUCCAUGAAACAGUCGAGGAGAACGUCAUGAACCGUUACGAGGAGCUCGGGGAUGCACCGUCCGAGAAAGUUCACAACAAAGCAUAA